GAUAGGCGAGAGAAAAAACGUGCUCGACCCAAUUUCUCCGACGCAAGCCAGGAAGCGGAAUUCAUGCGCACUUGGGCUGGCGACUCGUGAGAGGGGAAGCUUGGCGUCAGUUUCAACAGACGACGCCCAGGCCGGAGCUCCCACCGGCUUGUUUGUGAUUGAGCGAGCCAGGAGCCGGAUGCGGUGCUUGCGCGAGGCCGAUGUUCGUGAUGGAAGAAGCUUGUGGAAGGUUAGGACAGGACUCCCCCGCAGGGGCUUGAUGAAGAGAAGGAGGGAAGGAAGUUGUUACUGCGGGGGGACGCGCGAGUCGCGUCAACGGUCGACGGUCGCGCCCACGGUCGCGCCAAGCCUUUUCCGGAAUCAGCCGGGCGCGUCUCGCUCUCAUCCGUCAUCGGCCGUCGUUCAUUCUUCCACGGAAGUCAAUCUUCACCUCUUCGGCGAGUAUUUUCUCACCUCAUCCUUCACCCAUCGGCUUCGGACCACGCAGCCUCUCACACCACGCCCCGCCCGGUCCGCUUCGGUGCCGUCACUACCGGUCCGCCGGCCCGUCCACGCAGAGUGCUGGCGGCUCCGACAUCGCGCGGAUGCGGACUGCGGAUGGCGGAUGGCGGAUUCUGCAGCAGAGCCUCUGCCCACGACCAGCUUUUAUUGCAUCCACUUACCCACCGUCAUACAACACAGGUUCUUUGAUCUUUGCCACGGGAAGGCUAAGUAUUAACCCGUCAUCACAAAGAACUUAUGCAAUGAUAACAAUACAGUAUGUACCACAGUACCCGCCCAUUCUAAAACGGUCCAAUAGGUCCCAGC